GGCUUUGUCUCAGAACUACUUGACUGGUCCGUUGCCAGCCUUCAUUGGGAAUAUGACUGAGUUGCAAUCCUUGUAUGUUGGUGCAAAUGCAUUAUCAGGGACCAUUCCAAAGGAGCUUGGAAAGCUUCAAAACCUCAGCAUUUUGGGCAUAGGUAACAAUAACUUCCAUGGUUCACUCCCCUCUGAGCUUGGGAACUUGACCAAUCUUCAGACAUUGUACGUAGAUAGUUGUGGAGUAGGUGGUGAAUUCCCAUUGACCGUAUCAAGUCUCAAGAAGUUGCAGACUUUGUUGGCAUCAGACAAUAAUUUCACUGGCAAAAUACCGGACUUUAGCGAGACAAAGUUAACUCAGUUAUGGUUAGGCGACAUAUCAAAUGGAAGCUCAACUUUAGCAUUUAUUAGUAAUUUAACAUCCUUAGACACCUUAGUCUUGAGGAAUACCAGGAUAUCUGAUACUAUUCCACCAAACUUUUCCCGCUACACUAAUUUGCGGAUAUU